AUGGGCGGCUCCGCGGCCUCGAAGAAGGGUACCGUGGCCAAGAAGCGCCUCGACAAGUUCUACUACCUCGCCAAGGAGCGCGGCUACCGCUCGCGCGCCGCCUUCAAGCUGCUGCAGCUCGACAAGAAGUAUGAGUUUCUCGGGACCGCGACCGGCGUCGUGGAUCUGUGCGCGGCGCCCGGCUCGUGGAUGCAAGUGGCGCGGCAGUUCAUGCCCAAGGAUGCGCUGUGCAUCGGCAUCGACCGCGCGCCCAUCAAGCCCAUCCCAAAGUGCGUGGUGCUCCAGGAGGACAUCACGACGCAAAAGUGCCGCGCCGCGGUGAAGCGGGAGCUUAAGGCGCACGGCGGGUCGGGCGCGGCGAUCAACGUGGUGCUGCACGACGGCGCGCCGAACGUGGGCACCUCGUGGCUUCAAGAUGCCUUUGGCCAGAACGAGCUCACUCUGCUCGCCCUCAAACUGGCAGUCGACGUGCUCGCGCCUGGCGGCACCUUUGUGACCAAGAUGUUCCGGUCGGCCGACUACCAGUCGCUGAUGUGGGUCUUCGGCCAGCUCUUCGGCAAGGUCGAGGCGACAAAGCCGCAGGCAUCGCGAAACGAGUCGGCCGAGAUCUUCGUCGUCUGCCGCGGCUUCAAGGCGGUGGCCAUUGACCCCAAGUUCCUCGACCCGAAGCACGUCUUCUCCGAGGUGGACGAGGCCGAGGGCUCCAAGCAGCCCAACGUGCUGCAGCAGAAGAAGGGCAAGAAGGCGCCCGCCGAGGGCUACGCGGCGACCGGCCAGCUGCUGCACUCGCAGGCGCCGCCCGUCAAGCUGCUGGGCGAGGUCAACGCGCUGGUCUGGGACGAGAGCGGCGAGUGCUCCUUCUGGCGCGGCCUCAAGGCCACCAAGCCUGAGGUGCUCGAGGCGUGCUCCGACCUCAAAGUGCUCAACAAGACGGAGCUGCGCAAGCUGCUCGCCUGGCGCGGCAAGGCGGCGCAGCCUAGAGGGCAGAAAGACGGGCAGACAGACCCGCGGGAGGGGACGCGUGCCCCGCUGCACACGCGACCGCGCGCCGCGGAGGCCAAGGCCAAGUUCCGCGAGCGGCUCGCCCUCAAGAUGGAGCACCCGGGGGACCGACUCGACGAGGAGCUCGAGCUCUUCUCGCUCGCGCGCGUGCGCGGCGACGGCUCGAUCGCCGCGCUGACGGAGGGCGCGGCGCCGGACGAGGUGGCAGACGUGGACGAGGACGAGGACGAGGAGGGGGGGGGGUUGCCUGCGGGCGGGGAGGCGGGGUCGGAGGAGGAGGAGGAGGAGGAGGGGGACGAGUACACCGCGCGGCUCGACGCGGAGCUCGAGUCGAUGCACGCCGAGUACCGCGAGCGGACCCGCAGGCGGGCGGUGCACCUCAUCGAGGAGCAGGCGGACGGGCCAAAGUCGAAGAAGCAGCAGCGCGAGGCGAGGCUCGACGCGAUCCGGAACGCCGACGUCGACCCCGAAGAGCUCGCGCGGCAGGCCACGGCCGCGGCCGACGCUGCCGCUGCGGCCGAUGCGGAGCGCGCGAGGAGCGCGGCGGAGGCGGUCGCACGGCAGUUUAGCGGCGGGGGCAGCGGGGAAGGGGUUCCGGAGGCGAGCAGCCAGUACGUUGACCUCGAGCAGGACGGCGUGGCGCGGAAGCAUGUGGGCGGCCGGUUCGCAGAGUACGACUCGGAGGACGAGGACGAGGACAAGCCGACGCACGCAGAGUCGGCGGCCGCGGCGAUCGAGCGGCAGGCCGAGGCGAUGGUGCUGGGUGCGAUGCUGCUUCGGCCCGACAAGCGGCGGCGGCUCGAGGACGACGGGUACAACCGGCACGCCUUUGCAGACAAGGGGCUGCCGCAGUGGUUCCUGGACGACGAGCGCCGCUUCGCGCACGCCGAGGGCUACGGCGAGUACCUCAAGUCGAUCAACUCCCGCACCAUCAAGAAGGUGCGCAAGAAGGCGACGGCGCUCGCCGAGAAGACGGACGUGUCGGAGCGCGAGAAGGCCAAGGAGAUUGCAAAGCUGUACAAGAAGAAGAUCGGUACUGACAAGAAGCCGCAGAAGAAGGUGGUGGUCGGCAAGCGCAAGAACGCCGGCCCGGGCGGCAAGUCCAAGUCGGUCAAGCACGUCGACGCGCGCACGCGCUCCGACACGCGCGGCGAGAAGCUCAAGGCGGCGCGCGAGAAGAAGGGCAUCUCCAAGGACCGCAAGGGGCGCAAGCAGCACAAGGCCAGCGCCUACAAGCGCUCGAGUCGCAAGUAGGCCGCUCACGUGGCCACACAUUAUGCGUUGUGUCGGACACGGGGGACAUGUGUCGUUUGUGUGUGUGUAGACGCUUUUGGACACACGAGUAGUUGUGUGCGAACGACCCCCCGUCGUAUGAGU